UGAAGAAUUCCGCCAUUGUAGUUUACUCUUUUCAGUUGCCCUGAACAUAUUCAUUUUCAGCCGGUGUGAGUGCCUUGAGUAGUUUACAAUUGUCAUUUACGUUUAUUUUACGUUUGUAAGCACGAGAUUACUAUUUCGAGGAUUAUAAAAAAAUAAAUACAAAAUGAAUCUGAGAGGAGAAAUAGAAAAAUUAGAACAUCUAUCAUUAGUUUCUAAAAUUUGUACUGAAUUGGAAAAUCAUUUAGGACUUAACGAUAAAGAUUUAGCGGAAUUCAUAAUACAUUUAGCGACAAAAAACCCGACUUUUGAAGGAUUUAAACGAGCAUUAGCUGAAAAUGGCGGCGAGCUUUCGGAUUCUUUUAUGGAAAAUUUACUUCGAAUUAUUCAACACAUGAAACCUCCAAAGACAUCAAAUAAUGAAAGUGUAUCUAAAAAUUCUCCUAAAAAUGAGCUUGCAAAGAAAUUUCCAGCAUUAGCAAUGCCAAAUGAUACUUCCAAUAAUGUUAACGAUGACGAUGAUGACAUUGUCAAACAAGCUAUGGCAUCACUUGAAGCUUUAGCACCUUCAUCAGCGCAAAAAAAUGAAAACACUACCAAAACUUCAAAAGAGACUGAUAAAAAAGAGAAAAGUCGAAGACACAGAUCGCGAUCUAAAAGUCCAAGAAGAAGCAGAAAACAUCGAUCUCGUUCAAGAGAUCGGUCUAGAUCUCGAGAAAGGAAACGUCGUAGAUCAAGAAGCCGUAGAAGAUCAAAUUCUAGGAAUCGAGAAAGAAGGACAUCGAGGGAUAGAUCUCAUAGAGAUCAUAAAAGAUCUAGGAGAAGUCGAACACGGUCAAGAUCACUUUCGGUUGAUGGAAUUCCAAUGGAACCAGAAGUAGGAAGAAUUUAUUCUGCAAAAGUAGCUAAUAUUGUGUCAUUUGGAUGUUUUGUACAACUUGAAGGUCUCAAACGUAGAUCAGAAGGUUUAGUUCACAUUUCACAACUUAGACGUGAAGGAAGAGUAACAAAUGCCUCUGAUGUUGUUUCUAAAGGACAAAAAGUGCUAGUGAAAGUAUUAAAAAUAGUUGGACCAAAAAUAUCUUUGAGUAUAAAAGAUGUUGAUCAAGAAACUGGACGUGAUUUAAAUCCUGAGAUACCAGAUAUUAAAACGGAAGAAGAUGAAAAACAUCUGAGGAAUCCUGAUAGACCUACAACAUUGUUCGAACUUCAAGGAAAUAUUGAUGAAGAUGAAACACAUUCACGAAAACGAGUUCAACGACUAUCAUCUCCAGAAAAGUGGGAAAUAAAACAAAUGAUGGCAGCGAAUUGCAUUGAUCGGAGUGAACUACCAGAAUUUGAUGCGGAAACGGGAAUUUUACCUCGAGAAGACGACGAAGAAGAAGAUACAGAGAUUGAAUUAGUUGAAGAAGAAGCUCCAUUCUUACAAGGACAUGGAAGAGCUCUUGGAGAUUUAAGUCCUGUUCGAAUCAUCAAAAAUCCUGAUGGAUCACUAGCUCAAGCUGCUAUGAUGCAAAGUGCUUUAGCCAAAGAAAGACGUGAACAAAAAAUGCUGCAAAGAGAGCAAGAAAUGGAUUCAAAUCCAACAGGAUUUAAUCAGAGUUUUAUUGAUCCACUUCCUGAUACUGAAAAUCGAACUGUAGGUUCUAAUAUGCGUGGAAUAGGUUUGCAAUCACAAGAUUUACCGGAAUGGAAAAAACAUGUAAUUGGUGGAAAGAAAACAUCUUUUGGUAAAAAAACUACUUUAACUCUGUUAGAACAAAGACAAAGUUUGCCUAUUUAUAAACUUCGAGACGAUUUAAUAAAAGCUGUAACGGAUAAUCAAAUUCUUAUUGUAAUCGGAGAAACAGGAUCAGGGAAAACAACACAAAUUACUCAAUACUUGGCAGAAUCAGGUUUUAAUGCAAGAGGAAAAAUUGGAUGUACUCAACCAAGAAGAGUCGCUGCUAUGUCAGUAGCAAAAAGAGUUGCUGAAGAAUUUGGUUGUCGUCUUGGUCAAGAAGUAGGGUAUACUAUUCGUUUUGAAGAUUGCACUGGACCUGAAACAAAUAUUAAAUACAUGACGGAUGGUAUGCUUUUACGAGAAUGUUUAAUGGAUCUAGAUUUGAAAGCUUAUUCGGUAAUUAUGUUAGACGAGGCUCAUGAACGUACAAUUCACACAGACGUACUAUUUGGAUUGUUAAAACAAGCUGUAGGUCGGAGACCUGAUUUGAAAUUAAUUGUUACUAGUGCAACAUUAGAUGCUGUUAAGUUUUCUCAAUAUUUCUUCGAAGCUCCAAUUUUUACGAUUCCUGGAAGAACUUUUGAGGUUGAAAUCAUGUACACUAAAGAACCAGAGACUGAUUAUCUAGAUGCUGCUUUAAUCACCGUUAUGCAAAUUCAUUUACGAGAACCUCCUGGUGAUAUUUUGCUCUUCUUAACAGGUCAAGAAGAAAUUGAUACAGCAUGUGAGAUUUUAUAUGAAAGAAUGAAAUCUCUCGGUCCUGAUGUACCUGAAUUAAUUAUCCUGCCAGUAUAUUCGGCUUUACCAUCAGAGAUGCAAACUAGAAUUUUCGAGCCUGCACCUCCUGGAUCACGUAAAGUAGUAAUUGCUACUAAUAUUGCAGAAACAAGUUUAACUAUUGAUGGAAUUUAUUAUGUAGUAGAUCCAGGUUUUGUUAAACAAAAAGUUUACAAUUCUAAAACUGGAAUGGACAGUCUUAUUGUUACUCCAAUUAGUCAGGCUGCUGCAAAACAACGAGCAGGUCGAGCUGGACGUACUGGACCUGGAAAAUGCUAUCGAUUAUAUACAGAACGUGCUUACAGAGAUGAAAUGUUACCAACACCUGUUCCAGAAAUUCAACGAACUAAUCUUGCUACGACAGUAUUACAACUUAAAACUAUGGGAAUUAAUGAUUUGAUCCAUUUUGAUUUCAUGGAUGCUCCACCAGUUGAAUCAUUAAUUAUGGCUAUGGAAUCAUUACAUAGUCUCAGUGCUUUGGAUAAUGAAGGUUUACUUACUCGAUUAGGUAGAAGAAUGGCUGAGUUUCCACUUGAACCUAACUUAUCAAAGAUGUUGAUUAUGAGUGUCCAUUUACAAUGUUCUGAUGAAAUUUUGACUAUUGUGAGUAUGCUCUCUGUGCAGAAUGUUUUUUAUAGACCGAAAGAUAAGCAAGCUUUAGCAGAUCAAAAGAAAGCAAAGUUUAAUCAGCCAGAAGGUGAUCAUUUAACACUUCUUGCUGUUUACAAUUCAUGGAAGAAUAAUAAAUUUAGUAAUGCUUGGUGUUAUGAAAAUUUUGUACAAAUUCGAACGUUAAAACGUGCUCAAGAUGUUAGGAAACAACUACUGGGAAUCAUGGAUAGGCAUAAAUUAGAUGUUGUUUCUGCAGGAAAAAAUACUGUGAGAAUUCAAAAGGCUGUUUGUUCUGGAUUCUUCCGAAAUGCUGCAAAAAAAGAUCCACAAGAAGGGUAUAGGACUUUAGUUGAUAGCCAAGUUGUUUACAUUCAUCCAAGUAGUGCUUUAUUCAAUAGACAACCUGAAUGGGUUAUUUAUCAUGAAUUAGUCCAAACUACUAAAGAAUAUAUGAGAGAAGUAACUACAAUUGAUCCGAAGUGGUUGGUAGAAUUUGCUCCAGCAUUCUUCAAAUUUAGCGAUCCAACUAAACUUAGCAAGUUUAAGAAGAAUCAACGACUUGAACCUUUGUAUAACAAAUAUGAAGAACCGAAUGCUUGGAGAAUAUCACGAGUUCGUCGACGACGUAAUUAAACCAAUUUACUUAAAUUACUGUGUAAAUAUAUACUGUAUGUAUAUACUGUAAAUAUCUUCUGUAAAUAUAUAUUUUUCUCUAUAAAUAAAUUAUUGAGUUAGAAAUUA